AUGGCAGUCUUAGCUUCGUUCAGUGUGGAAGCCGACCAUUGGUAUAAUGAUGAUGAGGCCAAGGAGGUUCUGAAGGGUGCUCAGGAUGGCAUAAAGAAGGCCAUUCAGCAAAAUAAACUGGAAGUCGAAUGGCUUGUCAUGGGCUUCCCAUUCGGGAUUGGCUCGCACUAUCUCAUGGAAGUUCUUUUCAAUGGGCCGCCCGAGUUGCUGGAAGGGGUCCCUCAAGGCAAACCUGGAGUGAUAGGAGACCCGGUUCUUCAUGACUGGAAGGCUGGCAAGGUAGCUGCAGAGAGCAGAUUUAGAUCUCGUGAUUAUAUUAUCCAGAUAUGA